GAUGAAUCGGCAUCGCAGAAUAAAAAGGUUGUGAGUAUGUCGUGCUUAAUUGCGCAGCCAUGUGCUGGCCAAAAAUUGUAGUCAGAAAUUUACUGCCAGUGCUACAUUUUUGAAUUUUUACAAUCAAGAAAGAAAAAUGGAACAAUCUUCUGCCAACGGUCCCUUUGCUGCCAGUGGCCAAUGGGUCCAGGAGGAUGCAACUGUGUCGCCGCCUGGCAAUGCCUCAGGAGAACAGUAUCAAACUCCUCAUAUUCUCAUACAUUCACUAAUUAUAGACAUUGCGCUUCUAGAUUGAACAAGAAACUCCUACUUCUACGUAGUUCUUCGAUCAUGAUGAACCGAGAAUAAUUAUAAACUACGAGGAUCGUGUUACUCAAUCUUCAAUCACCCAAGGUCCGCGGCUACCGCAGCUAGCACAACAUCAGGUGUAGAUGUCGUCCAGUCAGAUGCAGGAGCGGUGCAAGGGCAACUUCCGCCACAACUACAUCUUUUCCCUCCGUCCGCUAACUGGGCACCACUUCUAGGAGGUCCUGUGAUGCCGAUGCAUCCACACAUGCUUCAUCCCGGAGGAUUUGCAGCAGAUCCUAAUGCAGCAUACUACAUGCACCAAAUGGGUGCCGUGCCGCAACUGGGCGUAGGAACCAUGUUAAGGCUCUCUUUAAUCGAUGAUCUUUGACGGCACGAUCCUUGAAGAGAUGAUUCUAGGGAAGCAAGAGUAUAAUGAUAAUCGCCGCCGGGGAAAUACUCUCCCAGAUUUUUUAACGAUGCAGCUGAAAUUACGGAUCGAUAGCCGACUAUUUCCCAUUGUUAGAGAUUGUUUGACUACAGAAAGCUCUAACAAUGGGUGGAGUGCCAACUUUUGAUCCCUAUAGUGGUGCAUGGUACCAUCAACCGAUUAUGGCUGCGCCUGGAAUGGCUUAUGGUGGUGCACAAUUUGCUGCUCCGAACCCAAUGGCUUUGAUGGAACAUAUGGCAAUGCAAGAUUAUAACGCGAAGGUAUUAUCUAUUUCUUUUUCUUACUGCUCUAUGGAUCCCAUCCUAUUAUCUAUUUCUUUUUCUUACUGCUCUAACUAUGGAUCCACCCAUCCUUCUGCGCGGACGACCAUUGUCGUGAUAUUAGUAGAAGAGGAAAUCAUGAUACGAAGUUUUAGUUUUACCGAUCUGCAUCUCCUACACGUCUAAAAAUUAUCAAAUACACCUGCUCCCUACUUCGCAGCUUAUGGAGGCGCAACGAACUAUCCUAAUGGGAGAGCACGUGAAGGCGAUGGAAAUGAUGGCGCAACAGCAGAAUCUUAUCGCACACGCACAAGGUGGUGCAACUGCAUCUGCAAACGGCGCAGCAUCAUCAAGCAGUACGGGACUUGGACAGGCACAACAAGGAGUUUCGUCGCCUGGUGGAAGACAGUCCAGACAGUUUGGCUGCUCUCCAGAUUCUCCGACCUCACGAGGAAAAGGAAAGGGAAGAAAACGAGCGGGGAAAAGGGAGGUACUACUUGUACUAGAAUCGUUUGCACUAACUAAGCUGUUCCCAAGGAGAGGAUUCAUCAUCUACAACUGGGUUACAACUUUCUAUCCAUAGUUUGCACUAAUAACAGUUAAAUUUGGGGUUUGUUAUUCUAAUUUGCAGCUGGAUCACGUGCACUUUUUUUAGGUCUUGAAUACUUACAAUAAAAAUACAACAGCGUGCAGAAGCGAAACAGCUGGAGCAAGAACAGAAGCUUCUCCAACAGGCCGCAGAAGACGAGAAGAGGAAGAACGCUACUGCUCCUGUUAAGGUCAGCUUUUAUCCAUCUUUCUCGGCAUCUUGGUACCCUUUUCCCUUGUAUUCUCAUGAAAUACAAGGCGCAAGGGGUCAAGAUGAGGGGGCCGAGAUGCAAUCUAGCAGACUCUAAUCCUGAUCAAGAUUCAUCUCUUGUCGUGCUGUCUCCUGCUCCUGGUCACGACAGUCCAAAAUUAAGGUCAACAUUUAGUGUCCAUCUUUCUCGGCAUGUCGGUACCCUUUUCCCUUGUAUUAUUCCUAUGAAAUGAUGCAAGGGCAGUAAAGGGGUCAAGAUGUUGAGGGGACCGAGAUGCGAUCUAGCACACGCUAAUGCCAAAACUGGAGCAGUCGUCUCCUGAAGGUAGUCCAGGUGAGAAGAGUCCGGAUGCUCUACCACGUCUCCUCGACAUGUGGAAAGUUAACUCUUUGUCUGAAGUGAAGACACCUAUGGACGAGGUGUCUAGUCAAAUGACCAAGCUUCAGGGUACUGGUAUUAAUAUUCUUGGUACAACGGGAGGAGCUGGAGCAGGAGCAGUACUUCUCGAUCAAGUAGGAUCAUCAGUAGCAGAUCUUGAGCGUCACCAAGGGCAACACGACCAGCUUCAGGGAUCUAGUAGAAGUACUAACAAGGACAAGGUCGUGAAGAACAACAUGGAUCUGAUCAAAGAGCGGAUCAAGAUUGGAGGAGAGGAAGAUAGCGGUGUCGUACUAGAAGACGAUCCUGAAGACGAUCCUGCAGGUGGAGACGUGGAAGAUGACAAUUAAGGCUCAACUUUCAAUGGUCAUUGGGGUCCGUUGGUCACUGAGAUCGAAGAGGCGGCCGCCCCCUGAGAGUAGAACAUCAGCGGAAAUAAAUGAAGGGAAAGGGGGCGAGAGCUUUGAACAAGAGGGUCUCUUCCGUUCUUCAGAGUCUUCAGUGAGUGACCACUGAACAGUGCUGAGCUUUAAGACAAUGAAGAACGUACUAUGAAGAAGAACAUGUGCCGACUUCAGUGUGGAGCCUGCAAGACGUGCCGCAGAAGCAGAACGAUGCGAUUCGAAGAAUACACCGUGGAACGCAAAAAACGCCGUAACAGACUGCGCUCCUCCUCCUCAAGUUCGGCGUCAUCUUCAGCUUCGGCGUCAUCGUCGUCGUCGUCGAGUGGAAAUAACAAGAAGAAGAAUAGAGGAGCUGCGGGAGGUGAUGUUGGUAUUCUUGGAAGUCGUGGAGAUUCAAGUUCAACAUCUGGUGCUGCAGCUCUACAACAGGGAGAGAAUGCGAAUAACAACGAACAGGAAUCUCUGGCUUUCUCUCGUGGUAUCAAAAGUAGCAACUAUAAUGACUCAACAUCUCCAUCAAAUAAAAACUACAUUUCGCUUCAACAACGACAUUUUUCUUCAACUUUGAACAACACGACUACGUUCCUGUCCGCACAGUUGAAGAAGCGAUCGGAAGGUGAAGGAGUAGAGCAAAAUCAAAAACAUCAAGAGGAGAAAAUCAAUCUUACAGAAGCUCCUGGACUUGCUCUUCUACAACCGGGACAAAAUACUGGACCCCUGUCUAGAAGCUCGACCUCAACAUCCGAGGCCGCAUUGAACAAUGAUCUUCUAAGUGGUGAUCUCACUAGUGUAACGGGAUCUAGUGCUUGUGGUGAUUCCGACGCUGGAGUUGGUAUUAAGGCUUCCGGGAAUCCAUCUUCCGAAGCAUCUUACUUGGGGCCUUUCUUUAACAAGGGUGGAAAAACAGGCCCAAGAUGCUUCUUCGGAAGAUGGAUUCCCGGAAACUCUAGUCGUGGUUGUAGCCGCGUCCAGUUAUUAAGGGUAGGUUAUUAACGGUGCUUUUCUUACCGCUUUUUAUGCCUCUCUCAUCCUAAGGGGGAGAGAAAGGCAUAACAAGCGGGGGAACCCGCGAGCACCAAGAGCCUACCUCUAAAGUUAGGAGUUGGAGGAGCAAGUGGCGUUGAGAACGGUACUGCAGAUCCUCUGACACGGACAGAGGAUGAUGACGAUUUCUAUGGUCCGGUUGCCAGUAUGUUGUUGAUGCAUCGAGCACCCGGAGAGUCUAGUAGAAAGGGGACGAAAAACGUUUACAACCUCCAACAGAACUACACACAUAAUUUACGGACGGUCGUGGAGGGAAUAUUAUUCAUCUCCAGAGUCAUCUGGAAGAGAAAAAAGCGUCUGGAGAAAAAUAAGGGACCCAGAAGAGAAAGACAAGAGGAAAAAUAAGGGACCCAGAUGAUCCCUGAGAUGAAUAAUCCCCGAUAGAUACCUCUAACUCUAAAUAAUAAUCUUACAUCUGCUCCUGGGGAACUUUUUUUGUAUACAACUAACUCGCAACGCGAUGAGGACCAGGUGACUGCCAUGUCCACAUCGACGACAAAGACACUAACGACUCCAAUAAAUCAUCUUGUUCAACAACCUGGUGCAACAACCUGGUCCAAGAAGAGCGAGCAACUAGCAGUAGAAACCUCAGAAGAGGCGCAUCAGGAAGAAGUGAUAGAACAAACUUCGGAUCAAGACCCAAGCCCAGAGGCAACAAGUUCCACAUCGACGCAAGCCGCGAGUCACAUGGUUGCUGCUACGUUGCUGCAAGAGCAAGUGCAGGAACAAAGUGACGACAUUGAUGUCUUGGCUGCUGGCUUGCAACAAGUACCUGAACAAGACUUAAGGCUCCCCGUAAUUCAUCUUAAGAGGCAUCUUUCUUUGCCAAGUUUUCAAGGGAAAAACGCGUCAAAGAUGACUUUGUUUCAAGAUGAAUUUAGGCAAGUUCUAAAAGAUGAAAUGGAAAGCACCCCUGGCAGUAUGGACGCUUGUGCGGCUAGCGGAUCUUCGAAGUCUGGACUCUCGGCUACAGGCAGUUCAGGAGGGACAAUGAAUACGUCUUAUGGCAAUCUGUUCAUUAGUUUGUGAUUGUGUUUGGUGUUUUAGCAUGAAGAUUGAUGGCCUCAUGUUUUAUAGUUCCACCUUCAUAAUUCUAGGCCUCCUCCAUUCAUCUGCUGCUCUGUCUGCUGCAACUUCUACAGUUGUAUCUGAUGAUUGUCAUAUGACUCAGCCACCCUAAAUAAAACAAGCCCAGAUGAUUUUACAACUCCACUACUAGUUCAUUCUAAGGAACACGCGGUUCCUCAAUCUUCGAUGGAGCCGGAGGACUUUCGAGUACAGUCAGCAGUUCUGGUGACUCCUCAGGGCACCGUUGGGGUGGCAGCGCGUUCUCUGCAGUGCGCUCUCCAGCGCGUCUAAGUAGUUCGGCAGCUUCCUCUGGAGGUGAUAUGAGUUGCCAGGAACGAGAGGAAGCGAAUGCGACAUUGGAUUAUGGCUUUUUCUUGAUGAGCAUGAGCUUGUUCUGGUGCAGAUCAUGUUGAAGAUUCUUCUCCUACUUCCCACCUAUCUGCAAUUGGUUUCAGUUUCAGAAAAAGUAGUUUUGAAAUCGAAUCUCUUCUCCACGAUGUUGACAUCUUUGCAGCUGUGAACAACCUGACACGACCAUCUUCCCCCUCUAAUCGCAAACGCGACUAGCGAAAGUGUUUGCCACCGUAGUUCCACAGCAGUCACCAACAACAGAGGUGGAGGCGUCUUGUUUCGCAACAACAGAGGUGGAGGCAUCUUUUGCAGCUAAGGCGAACUUUGCUCCAUCCUCACUCUCGACCAGCGCGAGCUCUUCGUCGGGGUCUUCUGCGAGCUCGUCGUUCGCCUCUUCCGCAAGCUCUUCGUCUGGAUCCAGUUCGUCAUCUAGUUCAACAUCGUUGAGGCAGUACGCUCAAGACUCGCCGUCCGCGCAAAAGCAAAAGCAAUUUCCCUCUCCAACCAAGAAGGAAAAGGAUAGCAUUAAUAGCAACAAAAAAUUAGCAACAAAAGCUGUUCCUGUUACAACAACUACAACCAGCGGGUCAUCAGCAUCUGAGUCUGAUGCUGAGAAACGUGCAGGAGAGGACCUUAGCCUUAGUGCCUCCGACGUCGCGAAGCGGCUGGAUCUCAGUGGGAAGGUACUUCACCAACUGCGGCUCUUCAGUGGAAGUCGAAAUCCACAAGAAGGAUAUCUGUAGUAUGCAAUCGAUUCGUUCUUCAUGAUACAAGAACUACUGAUAAUCAACUGUACUUACAAAAAGAAACAUUGUGGUCUGAAUGGUGCUGGUAUUUGGUAACCUGAUUUUGAUCAUGAGGAAAGCAAGAAGGAAAUCCUUGUGAUCGAAUUCAGGUUACCAAAUACUACAUGGUCAACAUUUUGAACUUCAUAUCAACAGCACUCCUCAAUAAAGUCUUCAAAAGAACACAAGAACUUCAAAACGCAGGUCGUCUGCAAACACUGUGGCGAAAUUCUUGAUUCCGUAUCGAUGUGGCACUUCAACUCCAAGCGUUGUCGCGAUCGCCAGUUGCAAAACCGCAUUGCAGCUCAGAUGCGCGCGAUGUAUCAGGCUGAGCGAGUUGAGAAACAAAACAAAGUAGCAAGAGGACCUCCGGGUUUGGGUGCUGUCACAGGACCUCUCUUCCAGUGAUCAGUGUGUGGAACAGAGAAUUUCUUGGUGUAAAGUUUUAUAAACUUUAAAAAGAAUGAUCAAUUUGCUGUAAAUAAGUGUUAAGUUAAAAAGAGCCCUCCUGGUGUAGAAGUAGUUCUAGCUGUUCUUGUUGUAGUUCCAAUCAUGAUAGUUUUUCAUUCUUAAUACCUCCUGAAGCACGUGGGGGAAAACAAAAGUCAACCACAGUUCUUGUACAGUCUUCAGCAUGAGUAUAAUCAAAAAUAAUUGUAAACUACUUCAAAUCUAACACACGAACAUAAUGUUAACAUUUUCCAAUUAGAUUGAAAUUAUGAAAAUUAGUAAAACACAGUCAACAUAUGAUUGAAAACGUAAAAAAUACAAAUUUGACGACCGCAUAUCAUGCAGAAGGAUCAUCUCCACCUCUACAACAGGGAUAAAAAGCGAUUAAUAGAACAAAACGUAAAGAUUUCAUGAGCAAGCAGCACUAGGGACAACACUUCUUCGCACGACAACAAGCAAGACCUAGAAGCGUGUACCGAUAUUAACUAGACAUUAGAAAGUGUAACUUUUUUAAUUUGACUUUACACGAAGAUAUUGUAUGAUCCUUGGGCUUUUGUGAUCGAAAAUUAGAGAUUUCCGAUAUAUAUGACAAAUUGGGUAAGAAAAUGAGAAAUACCGCAGAAAUAGGUAGUUAAAUCACACAAAAUAAUCUGAAAAGAAAAGUAGCCGAGAGGAGAACACAAGUACUAGCAUCCACAGACGAAGAAGAUGGAGAUCUUGUUGGAGAUAUUUGAAAAUUCGAAGAAAAACUUAGUUGAAUUAUAGAACAACAUAUUAU